CAGUGCGCGCGCAGCACCGGCGCGGGUCCGUCCCCCCUCCUCCUCCUCCUUCUCCUCCCGGUUCCAGCCAGGGACGUCCAAUCAAACUCCGAUCUCAUCGAUCCCUGCCCGCUCACCGCGGAUUUUGGAGGCGCGCGGACAAAAUUAAGCACGCAGGCAUCGGCGCGGGAGGGCGACAAGUCCGUGCGUCUCCUUCCUUCAUCACGCUUUUCUGUGUAGAGAAAUAAAGAUGGACGUUUGAGCGAAGGCGCAGGGAGUCUUGGAGUCUUUGGGAUUUUUUUCUUUUGCUUCUUCUUGUUUUUUUUCUUUCUUUCUUUCUUUCUUGGCGGAAUGGCAGCAGCAACAGCAGCAGCCUCGGCGGCGCGCUGAGACACUGACCCUAACCCUAAGUGAUAGUUUGUAAUCCGGGAUCGGAUUCCUUCCUCUCAUGGAUAGCGCGGCUGAUCAAGCGAGCGACUCGCCUGUUGCGGCUGCCAGCGCGGACUGAGCGAGAAUCACACCGAGCCUGAGAGACAGAGACACAGAGGGAGAGAGAGCGCUUUUUCUCCUUCACACCGCACCGCCAGGGCGAGAGAAGGAGAACGCGGCUGCCUUUUCAGCUUCCCCUGCUUUACACGGCGUUUUUUUUUUUAUUCCUUCUUCGAUUUUUUUAAUCGUCUUUACAUUUUUGCGGCUCUGAACGCCUCAUGCCAGCCUGCUGAACGCGACAGGAGGAAGCGCAGCGCGGAGCCACCAGAGCCGAGCAGCUCCGGACUCCAACUCUGCAGAAAGACCCUUCUACCAGCACACACACACACACACACACACACACACUUUCUCUUUUUCCUUCUCUCUCUCUCUCUCUCUCUCUCACACACACACACACACACACCACAACACAAGACUCCACCAUGCCGAGGAGGAAACAGCAGGCGCCCCGGCGCUCCGCAGCAUAUGUUCCUGAGGAGCUAAAAGAAGCUGCCUUAAUGGAUGAGGAUGUAGAAGGAGAUGAUUCAGCGGUCGAGGAGGAUCCUGCUGUUAAAUACGCAUGCCAGGACAAGGACUUCCUUCUCAAAGACCGCCCAGGCUUCCAUGACUCUCCGACUGCAGAUCUCUCCAGCCAUGAAAUGGACAGCGAGUCACACCUCAGUGAGACCAGUGACAGGAUGUCGGACUUUGAGAGCGCCUCCGUGAAAAAUGAGGAGGAUAGCACUGCCAAGGAGCCACAUGCACCACUCAAUGCAACUACACCCAUGAAGAUGCCAGCUGUGGCCCCACCCAGCAGCGAAGAAAUGGCCAACGCAGGCCCGGACAGCCUUGAGCAGAUGAAGGCCAUUUACACCAGCUUCUUGACCAAUUCUUAUUGGUCAUCACUGAAUAUGACACAGCCCACACCUGAAAAACCCCCACGCAGCCACAGCAGUAGCAGCAGCAGUAGUAGCAGCAGCAGUAGUUGUGGAAGUGGAGGCUAUGACUGGCACCAGUCAGCUGUGGCCAAAACCUUGCAGCAAGUUUCACAGAACCAGAACAGAAUCCUACACCCAGCUUCUGAACCUAACCUCUUUAGCACUGUGCAGCUGUACCGGCAAAGCACCAAGCUCUAUGGCUCCAUCUUUACAGGUGCCAGCAAGUUCCGCUGCAAAGAUUGCAGUGCUGCCUAUGAUACACUAGUUGAGCUUACGGUGCACAUGAACGAAACAGGCCAUUACCGAGAUGAUAACCAUGAGACAGACAGUGAGGGCACUAAACGCUGGUCCAAGCCACGCAAACGUUCACUGCUGGAGAUGGAGGGCAAGGAGGAUGCUCAGAAAGUCCUCAAAUGCAUGUACUGUGGUCACUCCUUUGAGUCACUACAAGAUCUAAGCGUCCAUAUGAUCAAGACAAAACACUAUCAAAAAGUGCCUCUCAAGGAGCCUGUAACACCCGUGGCAGCCAAGAUCAUUUCCUCCGCUCGUAAAAGAGCCCCCAUUGAGCUGGAUCUGCCCAGCUCACCUGACUCUAAUGGAGGAACACCCAAGCCCUCUCUUGCAGAUGCCAGUGACCUCUUGCAGAAGACAGCAAAUCCCUACAUCACCCCUAAUAAUCGCUAUGGUCAUCAGAAUGGUGCUAGCUAUGCAUGGCAGUUUGAAUCUCGAAAAUCCCAGAUCUUGAAAUGCAUGGAAUGUGGAAGCUCCCAUGAUACCCUUCAGGAGCUUACAGCUCACAUGAUGGUUACUGGGCACUUUAUCAAGGUCACCAACUCUGCCAUCAAGAAAGGCAAGCCUAUUAUGGAGGCACCGACCAACCCACCCCCUAACACCAUGUCCUCGAGUGAAGAUAAAGUACAGUCAGUGCCACUGGCUGCUACAGCUUUUUCUCCACCUCCUCCUGCACCCCCUCCACCUAGCAUAUCUCCGGCCAUAGCUGCUAUGGAAAUUAAAAAAGAGGAAAAGGAGGAAGAGUGCACAAAGGAAACCACUAGCAGCAGCAAAGAGAAGAAAUUAACAGAAGAUGAAGCUGAGGAGAAGUUUGACAUAUCUUCUAAAUAUCCAUAUUUGACUGAAGAAGACCUGGAAGAAAGCCCUAAAGGUGGGAUGGACAUUCUCAAAUCACUGGAAAACACAGUUACAUCUGCCAUCAACAAGGCACAGAAUGGCACACCCAGCUGGGGAGGAUAUCCCAGCAUCCAUGCUGCUUAUCAGCUCCCAAACAUCAUGAAACUUUCCUUGCGCAACUCAGGAAAGAGCUCCCCAUUAAAGUACAUGUUCUCGGGUGAAGAGAUCCUAUCCCCAACCAAAAAUCAACCUCUUAUCUCACCACCAAGCUGUCAGACCUCACCUUUACCCAAAAAUAACUUUCAUGCCAUGGAGGAACUUGUCAAGAAAGUAACGGAAAAAGUGGCCAAAGUGGAAGAAAAAAUGAGGGAUACGACUGCACGAGCUUCUCCUCUAAGGCGAACCACACCCUCUCCUUGUAGUAGUGAGGCGGGAGAGUCUGCCAGAGGGGAUUCACCCAAAGAAAGCAGAGGAGUCAAAACCCCAGAGACCAAUGGAACAGUAAAUGCUCACAAAGACUCCAAUGGUGAUGUCCACACAAAAGAACCAUUAGAAAAUGGCACUGACCAUACUGUCAAAACUCCAGUUUCAUCUCUGUGCAGCAGCACUGCAAUUAUAACCGACCAUCCCCCAGAACAGCCAUUUGUCAACCCCUUAAGUGCGCUUCAGUCCGUCAUGAAUGUCCACCUCGGUAAAGCUGCUAAACCUGCACUUCCAUCUCUGGACCCCAUGAGCAUGCUCUUCAAAAUGAGCAACAGUCUGGCAGAGAAGGCAGCUAUUGCCGCCUCCACUCCAGCUCAGACCAAAAAGACAAACGAGCAUCUUGACCGCUACUUCUACCAUAUCAACAAUGACCAACCCAUUGACCUGACUAAAGGCAAAACUGAAAAGAGUAGCUCACUGGGAUCAGCUGUUUUGUCCUCCUCAACUUCAACUCCUUCCUCAGUCUCUCCUUCAUCAGCCAUAACUAUGGUCAAAGCAUCAUCUGCUGUGGCAUCAUUUAUGUCUAAUUCACCAUUGCGUGAAAAUGCACUGUCUGACAUUUCUGAUAUGCUUCGCAACUUAACAGAAAGCCAUGUCUCCAAAUCUUCCACACCGACCAGUCUGUCUGAGCGAUCAGAUGUAGAUGGUGCUACACACGAGGAUUCUGAAGACAUGUCACCAGCUCAGAAGCGCAAGGGUCGGCAGUCCAACUGGAACCCUCAGCAUCUGCUUAUCCUGCAAGCACAGUUUGCCUCCAGCUUGAGACAAACCAGUGAUGGCAAAUAUAUUAUGUCUGACCUCAGCCCCCAGGAACGCAUGCAUAUAUCUCGCUUUACUGGCCUUUCAAUGACUACCAUUAGCCACUGGCUGGCCAACGUCAAGUACCAGUUGAGGCGGACAGGUGGCACAAAGUUCCUGAAGAACCUCGAUUCUGGCCAUCCUGUGUUCUUUUGUGGCGACUGUGCUUCACAAAUACGCUCCCCUUCCACCUACGUCAGCCAUCUUGAAUCACAUCUGGGCUUUCGGCUUAGGGACCUGGCUAAGUUAUCUGGGGAGCAGCUAGUCAACCAGAUAUCACGUCACGCAAAGGGCCUUUCUGAGAAACUGCUGUCUGCUCAAGCCCACGCCUUGACCCACUCAAUCUCUAACCCUAACAACAAUUCCAACCGAAGUCCACACUCAAAUUCCCACUCCCCUUCCCCAGACGAGGAAGCCAGUGGCGCCACGUAUCAGUGUAAACUGUGCAACCGGACAUUUGCUAGCAAGCAUGCUGUCAAACUCCAUCUGAGCAAGACUCACGGCAAAUCCCCUGAGGACCACCUUAUGUAUGUCUGUGAACUUGAGAAACCUUAGCGCUGAUCAAGGACUCCUUAUUUUUUCUUUGACCUAUCUCUAUUUCUCAUGCUUUCUCUGAAGCCUUCUCUCUAACAUUUCGUAAAACUAAGAUGAACUGAUGAUGACUAACAAAGAAAUAACUGCACAUAGAUGCCAUAAAACUACUGUUUAGUUUCGGCACAUGAUGUGUGGGUUUUCCUCCUGGAAUAACUCAUUAUGGUUCAGAGACAUUCUCUUUUCUCAUUUUAGGUAAAAAAAAAAAAUAACAAAAAAAAAGUAAUUUUUUAACUGUGCAGUGUUGAGUGAAGAGGUUCUGUUGUCACUGGUAAAAUAUGAAGGUAUAUAAGAAAAACUUAAAAUGAAGUUGUAUGUAUUUGGAAGUUGUGUAAAUUGGAAUAAUACUUUUGUUUCUUUUUUCUUUUUUUGUUUUUCCUUUUUUGUUUGUUUGUUUUCAGCAUCUCUCUGAUGCAGUAAGCUGCAUGCAUUGAUGAAUUGGUUUAGUUUAACUUUUAAUAAUUGAAACACCUUUGUUUUUUGUUUUAUUUUUUAUUUUUUUAGUUAAUGUGACCUGUGUGUGCUGAUGUCAGCAGACAAAAUUUAACCCUCUGAGUACGUUAAAAAUCUUGUACAUUACCAGUCCAGGAUAUAGAAAGUAACGAGAGAGAAAAUCAGAUAUUGGACACGCCCACGUUCAAAUAUAUUUCAGAGGCCACAUUAUUGUAUUAUUUUGGAACCUCACAAAAUGGAAUAAGAAAAGACAAAAAAUGGGAAAAGAUUACUAUACAUGAUACCUGAGUGGUUUCUAAUGCAAAACUUGUGUGAAGUCAAAAAAAAAAAAAAAAACAAACAAAAAAAAAACAGUCAUUUAGUUUUCUGAAAUCAGGGGCCUUUUGAAUUCAGGUCGGUGUAAAAAAUGUACAUAUAAACAUAUAAACUAAUUUCUGUUUAAAUUAUGCAUCAUUUUAUAUUUUUAAUUUAAGAGGAGUAUGACUAUCUACUGGUGCACAAUAUAUGAAGACAUUAAUUAAAUUGUUUUGCACAAUAGUUUUAUAAAUGUUAUUUAAUCAGAUGAUAUAAAAUUGAGAGGAAAAAAAAAACCCACCCUAAUCUUUUAUUUCCACCUCGUGCUCAAAGGGUUAAACUUCUUGUACAAGACAAUACUUGUUCCAUUGUUUCUUGAACAUUUCAAAGGUUGUACAAAAAGAUGCUACUUUAUAAUGCAAGGAGGAAUUCCACAAAUGUAACCUAUUAUUUAUAAGCACUCUUGGUUGUUGUUUUAUAUUGUAGAAUGCCUUUUUGAUUGGUAACUUUUUAUGUUGUUCUGUCUAAUUAUUCUCCCAUGAUUCCACACUGCAGCUUUAUCAUUUUUUUUUUAUAUUUUUUUUGGUGGGGGGGGGGGGGGGGGGGAGAUAUCUGAAGAGUAACCAUGGUUACCCUUCCUCCGAUUGACAGUUCUGCUACAUUUUGGCAGUUAAUUUGCUGAAAUAACUGACAGCUGCCAGUGAAUGGAAAUAUAAUGUGUAAAAUAUUGGCAUGUAAACAGCACAGGCACUGUUAUGCAUUCUGUGCCGUGAUUCUCUUUUUGUUGUUGUUGACAAUGAACCACCCAUUAUAUGACUUCAUAUAACCUUUUUUUCUACUGCAGCAUUAAAAUGACAAUGUUUUGUUUUUUGCAAUAA